AUAUUGUACUUGUAUACAGAUAAGGAAAAGAAGAAAAAGAUAUUCAGAUUAAUUGCCAGUUUAUUUGAUAUACAAAUUAUACCAACUCAGAAAUGCAGUGUAAUAAAUGCAGUCUCAACCAACUCCCUCGUUUAGCUAUAUCCAGCAAUAAUCACUCAGUCGGUAUGUUCCACAGCAAUAUCUUAUCUCCUCUGUGAAAAAUCAUCAUCUUCUUCCUCCUCUUAUUCUUUGCCUUACGCAAUAACUGCAGUGAGAAAUAUUCAAGACAGAGCUAAAAGUAGUACUUAGUAGAAACACAGGUCCCAAAGGUUGCUUUACUAAGCAAGAUAAGGCAAGAAGCAAGGUCAUAGCAGUUGCACGAAAAGUCGUCACACCUUAGCAUAACUGUUUUCUUGCUCAUUAGCGCUGUUUUCUGAAAGAGGAGGCGGAGCUUGAAGUAUUUAGCAUGAUGAACAACGAGACCAUUUUUCAGGCAUCGAUGAGCUGCUUGGCAGCAAUUAUAGUGUUGAUUGGUCUCUGCACUCGGUCUUUCUACAAGAUGGUGGCAACAUACUUGUUUGGAAUGCUGGCUAUAUGUGGUGUUAUUUUACCUGAUUGGGAAUUCUUUGACCGUAGUGUCUCACAUUGGUGCACCCCUGUCACUGUGAAUGACUUCACCAACAAAUCUCCCGGGCCCUUCACUUCUACCAGGUUUAAAUUCUACCCAGUCAGAUCGGUGGUUUACGCAAUAGUUUAUGGAUUCGGUCUUUACAGGUGGUGGAUUUAUAUAUCAAGCUAAAAAUGAAAGCAAGCAGUAAUGAAUUGUCAUUGUAGCAGUUGUGGCAUACUGCAUCAUAUAUUAACUCAGAAAUCGUCUAUGUCCGUCUUACUGUAUUAUGUGUGUGUGUGCGUACGCAUCUUUGCCAGUGUGUGUAUGAUAAGCAUCAUAUGAUCAAAAUACUGCAAGUUCAUCGCUACAGAAAUAUUUGCAUUUCAUCCAAAGAAAAGAUAUGUGAGAUUUGCAUUCAUAUUUUUCAAUUUAUUCUGUAUGCUACAUUAUGAAAGUGCUAGGAAACUAGUAGUAUCUUUUGAAGUUUGAA